AUGCAGACACUGUGGACGCUUCUGACCGACGAAGGCAAAUCGUGGGGCUGGGACGACCAACUGCCGUCGAUGUUCGUCUCACGCUGGGGAUUGUACCUCUCCGAACUUCCUCGCUUGAAUGAGCUUCGAAUCGAACGCUACAUUUUAUGCUCGAACCCAACGCUCACUCAACUCCACUUUUUCUCCGAUGCAAGCAAACAAGCGUACGGCGCUUGCUGUUACGUCAGGUCUAUUGACUCUACAGGCGCGAUCAAAGUGGCGCUACUAACCUCUAAAUCAAAAGUAGCUCCACUCAAGCAACAAUCUAUACCUCGACUAGAGCUCUGCGGAGCUCUUCUCUCCGCCCAACUGUACCAAAAGGUGACGUCAUCCCUCCAACUACCCGCCGAAGCUUACUUUUGGGUGGACUCAACAACCGUGCUUUGCUGGCUCCAAAGUACAUCGUCAACGUGGACCACCUUCGUUGCGAAUCGUGAGUCCAAAAUCCAACUAUCAACCGAACACUGCAACUGGAACCACGUAACCGGACUGGACAAUCCUGCUGACUGUCUCUCUCGCGGCUGUUCUGCAGAGAGUCUACUCGAAAACGACAUCUGGUGGAAUGGGCCACGAUGGCUGCGACUCGAUGAAGCAGCUUGGCCUGCUCGACGCACAAACAACGUCUCCAACUCGGAAGAGAUACAGGAAGUAAUAAAAACCACAGCAGUCGCUUCGCGUGUGGUCACCGAACCUAGCUUCAUAGAUGAAAUCGUGGAAAAAUUCUCCAGCUACACACGCUUGGUACGAGUUGUGGCCUACUGUCAUCGUUUUCUGCUGAAUCGCGUUCACAACUACAAGCUGACAAUCAACACCAACAACCAAACUUCGGAAAUUAAUCCCCUCAGUAGGGACGAAAUACGAAACGCGGAAGCUGCUUUGAUCAGACUCGUUCAGCAGCAAGAGUUUCCCGACGAGUGGAAAAGGCUUCAGCAGUCACAACCCGUUAGACCUAAGUCUCGUCUUCGGUGGUUCGCUCCAUUCAUGUCUCCGGAACGGCUAAUCAGGAUUGGUGGGCGUCUCGCUCACGCCUCACAGCCUUACGACAGUAAGCAUCAGAUUUUGCUACCUGGCUCGCAUCCUCUCUCGGCUCUUCUGGUUCGCAGUUUACACUUGAAACAACUGCACGCUGCUCCACAACUUCUGCUUACAAUUUUACGCCUGCGGUACUGGAUCACAGGGGCCAGAAGUCUAGCAAAAGUAGUCGUCCACCAGUGUAUCAUCUGCUUCAAAGCCCGCCCGAAGCUUGUGGAACAAUUCAUGGGCGAACUACCAGCCGCACGAGUAACCGCCAACCGACCUUUCUCCACUACGGGAGUGGACUACUGGGGUCCAAUAACGCUUCAACCACCCUACCGUCGAGCAGCCCCAAACAAAGCGUACAUCGCUGUAUUUGUGUGCUUUUCCACACGCGCUGUGCACAUAGAGCUCGUCACCGACCUCAGCACAGCAAAAUUUAUUCAGGCUCUACGUCGCUUCGUUUCUCGUCGAGGUCUGUGCGCGGAGAUUUACAGCGACAACGGCCGUAACUUCCUCGGAGCGGACAACGAAAUACAACGACUUGUGCGAAACCAGCAACAUCGUCAAGCAGUCGCCCAAGAGUGUGCCAGCAACGGAAUUGUUUGGCAUUUCAAUCCGCCUAAAGCAUCGCAUUUCGGUGGCCUGUGGGAGGCCGCUAUUCGAUCCGCACAAAAACACUUCACUCGCGCUCUGGGAACUCAUCGCUUGGCUUUUGACGAGAUGCUCACGCUACUCGCGCAAAUUGAAUGCUGCCUUAACUCUCGUCCCAUCGUUCCCAUCAGCGACGAUCCGUCCGACAUGGAACCGCUAACACCGGGCCACUUCCUUGUUGGGUCCGCUCUAAAGGCCGUGCCAGAUUCGGAUGUGUCUGAAAUUCCUCUAAACCGCUUGACGCAGUGGCAGCAAACCCAGAAACUACUGCAGAACAUCUGGAAAAGGUGGCACUCCGAAUAUUUGUCGACACUUCAAGCGAGAACAAAGUGGUGCCGUCCUCCAGUCACAAUCAGCAAGGGUCAGCUCGUUCUUCUAAAGGAUGAAAAUUGUCCUCCGAUGGUAUGGCCAACAGCAAGAAUCAUCGAAGUACAUCCUGGCGCCGACAACAUCAUCCGUGUGGUCACCGUUCAGACGCCGGAAGGUCGCUACAUUCGUCCUGUGUCGAAGAUUUGUUUGCUGCCAAUUUCACCCACACAAGAGGAAACACCACCGAAUAACAACAACACCGAAUACUAA